CGCUGUAGCGGGAGAUUGCUCCUGUCAAGCGAGCGGUCUGCCUCCAGUUUCCGACUGCCGGGCUCCGCGCUCCCUCGCCCGCUGUUGGUGCCGCUGCUUCUUGCUCGCGAUUCCUGUCCGUUCCCCGUUACCGGAGCCGGGCUCGGCAGCGAGGAGGUGAUGGCGGAGCACAGCGGAGAAACGCAGGGGUGGAGCGAGGCUCAGCUGAGGAAAUACACCUUCGCCACCAAGGCCAUCCCCAGGAUGUCCCACAGCGAUCCGCGGGUCGAUGCCUUAAUAGACAACGAGGAGCCAGUGGUGCUGACAGAUACUAACUUGGUGUACCCAGCACUGAAAUGGGACUUGGAAUACCUGCAAGAGAAUAUUGGAGAUGGGGACUUCUCUGUUUAUGUUGCCAAAACACACAAGUUCUUGUACUAUGAUGAAAAGAAAAUGGUAAACUUCAAGAAUUUCAAGCCAAAGUCAAGGCGAGAAGAAAUGAAAUUCAGUGAGUUUGUGGAAACACUUGGUAAAAUCAAACCAGGUGAUGAAAGGUAUUACUUACAACAAACAUUGAAUGACACGGUAGGGAAGAAGAUUGUCUUGGAUUUCCUGGGUUUUAAUUGGAACUGGAUUAACAAGCAACAGACAAAACGGAACUGGGGGCAGCUCACAUCCAAUUUGCUUCUUGUGGGAAUGGAAGGGAACGUUACACCAGCACACUAUGAUGAGCAACAGAAUUUUUUUGCACAAAUAAAGGGUUAUAAACGUUGUAUUCUCUUCCCACCUGAUCAGUUUGAUUGUCUAUAUCCAUACCCAGUCCACCACCCUUGUGACAGACAGAGCCAGGUGGAUUUUGAAAAUCCAGAUUAUGAAAGAUUUCCUAAUUUUAGGAAUGUGGUAGGAUAUGAAACAGUUGUUGGGCCUGGAGAUGUUUUAUACAUUCCCAUGUACUGGUGGCAUCAUAUCGAGUCAUUACUGAAUGGAGGAAUCACUAUUACUGUCAACUUCUGGUACAAGGGUGCUCCAACUCCAAAGAGAAUUGAAUACCCAUUGAAAUCUCAUCAGAAGGUUGCAAUUAUGAGGAAUAUAGAAAAAAUGUUGGGAGAAGCUCUCGGAGAGCCACAGGAGGUCGGGCCAUUAUUAAGAAUGAUGAUUAAAGGCCGAUAUGAUCAACCUUACUCAUAAAGUAAAAAGAAAUCAACUCUUUCUGCGGACUGUUCACCGAUGCUUUCCUCAAGUAAAUGGUGCCAGAGAGAGACUGAGCAUACUGUACCGUGAGCAUUGCGUGCCUGCACUUAAGUAACACAGAAACUUUUCUUAUUCAAAAUCGGCUGCCAUCAAUCAUUGAGGUGAAUUUCUGUAUCCACCAUCCAUGUGCCUGUUGGACAGAAGGUUCUGAAAGUGGAAGUCUGUUAUCCCCAGAAAUGUUUAACACGGAAUGUGUAUUUAGACCACUUUCCACCCAUUUAUAAAGGAUUUAAGUUUAUUUUUUUAAACAAUGAAAGUGCUGUGCUCUUGCCGUUGGAGUAGUAAGAUUGGACUCAGUGUUGUUGGUUUCCAUGCAUGGCACUUAAAUAUGGAGGUUUAUCACUGUGGCCCUCUACGUUUGGAUUUAACAAAUGGCUGGUCUGGGUUUUCGUAGCUUGUGUUUGUGAAGAGUUCAGUAACAUGCACAGGCCUUAAAAUACAUGAUUUGAAAUAAUAAUGUGAUGAUAGUAAGCACAACAUCAGAUGAAAUACUGUUGUCACUUGGAUAAACAAAAUCAAAAAAUUCUUUUAAUAUUUGUCAUGGGACAAGGUCAGUGUUUUAUGUGUUACACUGCGUCCCCUAAAAUCUAGGGCAGAGCAUCAGACCACGAAAUGGUGAAGUAAUGGCACAAUCAUGAAUACUGUCUGUUGCCUCAAACAAGCCCUAUUGCUAUUAGUCUGAGGGAUUGUACAGUGGAUGAGAUCAUUUUGAGUAAUUUUUGUUGCACUUAUAUAAUUUAACUUUUGGAGCACUCCAUCUUUCUAUUUGCCUUUGUUUGUCCACCUCUCUCUUGUCCCCUAGCUCAGUCUAUACCUGUUUCUCCGUACCCAUCUCUCUCACUCUCUUGGUCUCGCACUCCCUCCACUUCUCCCACAUUGUCUCCUCCACCCCAGAUAUAGCUUGUAUAAAUGUCUUCCAUUUCAAACAUUGAUUUUCUACAUGGUGUUAAAACCAAUAAUAACCUUAAUCAUGCGGCCAGCGACUCCUAUAGUUUUAAUGUCCCUGUGACUUGACCUCUCUUGCUUUCAACAAUAUCACAGAACUUGUACAUCUUUCCUCCCCUACCCUUCUCUGCCUCUGUAUUUGCUUGAAAUGUAACAUUUUGACCUUUUUCUACUUCUGAUGAAAAGUUAUCAACCUGAAAUAUUAACUCCUCACUUCACACGUGCUGCCUGACCUGCAGGGUGUUUCUGGUGUUUUCUGUCUUUUUAUUUCAUCUAAUUUAUUUUGCACCAUUAUUCCUGCUUCAAAUUGAGAAGCGAUCUGGCAGUAAACUGAUUAAAAGCUUGGGAAAUCUAUUUUACUUUGCACUUGAGCUACUGCAAUGAACUAAAAGCAAAAUUCCAUAAGUGCUGUGAAUCUGAACCAAAAACAGGGAAAAAAAAAUUGGGGAAAAAAGUCAGUGAGCAAGUGAAGAGAGAUCAAUCAGGCCUUUUCAGAAACACCCAAUAUAUCCUUUCUGUUUUGUUAUGAAGUCAGGUAACCCACCUCACUUCCUAUCCAGACAUACCUUUCUACCUCUUACGGUAAUCCACCUCACUUUCCACCUAAACCCUUUAGUAAGGGGUCUUGCCUCUCUGCCAGUUCAGUCUGUCCUGAGACAUUCAGUCUGUUAGAGAAAAGCUUCAUAGUUAACAAGGAGUUUUUUUUUGAAGCCUUCAUACACUUUACUGUUUCCUGCCUUUCUGAUGAAGAAUAGUGAAUUGCAGACUAUUUGUUACAGGAUAAUAAACUGUAUUUGGUGUCCACUCUUUCCACACCUGAGAUAACAAUCGGAUGUAUAAAAGGAACAGCAUAGGAUGGGUGGCUCGACAGUUGCUGGAUAUCCCUGACUGAGAAUCUUGGCCCAUUGAUUAGUAAUUUCUGUGGAGACAUGUCGUGGGACUUGAGUAGGGAAAAUCACCACUUUAUGGAACGAGUGAGGAGUUUGUGCUGUAAUUCAAACUGGCCCCUUUAAAAGGUGAAAAGGAGCAAAGAAAUGUAUGCUGCUUAAAAUAAUUGUAUUUGGCAGUGCGCUAUCCGAAGAUCUUUCUCCCAUUGUGGCUCCUCAGCCAGAGCUGAUUCAGUGGUGCUGCCUUCAUGGAGAAAACUAAUAGCAUGACCCAACAAGUUUACCUCCGGAUUUUUCUGUACUCUGGUAUUGGAGGAUAGGGCGAUCAGUGAUUUAGCAGACAAGUCUACAGGCUCAGUACAGAGCAAAACUGGAACCUGUGACUUCCCCAUGGCUGUAAGGGUGUCUUUGUCAGUCAGCCUAAAAAAUGCCAAAAUAGUUCAUUACUGUUGUCAAAUUGCUUGGAAAGCUCGACUCUCACUUGAAGCAGAGUAACCAAGUUAAGCAUAACAGGCUAAAUAUCAGCUCUUCAGCCUGUAGUCAAGAACUGGAGAAUCAGUUACUUGUCUUUGCACAGUCCCAACUAAAUGAGCACCUUUGUAUAGUUUGUGUUGCUAUUCUAAAUUUCUGCAAUUUUAAAAUUUUAAUUGCUGGCUAAAAGCUAAGUGAAACAUUAUCUGGCUUUGAUGAUCAGUUUACAGGAGGUAAGGAAUGCAAAAGGCUGAGACUAUUGAUUCUUUGAUUUUAGUUAAAUAUUUGGCUUGCUUAUUGUCACUCAUUGCGUUCUGGUAAUAAAACACAGCCUCUGCUGAACGUCAGCUAGUGGAGUUGGGUGACUAGUUUGAGAUCCCCCCCAUCCUGUAUUUGAUCUACAAGAAUGAUGUCAGAGAGCCCAGAGCUUAAAAGUCAGGAAAGUCUGAACAGGCUGGGUGUCUUCUCUAAAAAACAGGUGUGAACUUGAAGAGUUCUUCAAGUGGUUUGAAAUGGCAAACGUAAUGAUGUGGGGGAGUCUGAAAUGAUGUGUCAUAAUUAAAAGAUGAUCUAAAAAUUAUUUAGGAGAAACAUUUAUUUCUCUCCCUAGCCCCAAGUGCUUACUGAUGAUGAGCAGUAGAAAGAUGGGGGUGGGGGUGGUAGGAAUUAGUCCUCAGUUGCCUUCUGUAAUAGUGUAAUAUAGUUGGCUGCUUGUUGGACUCUGCUUCUGAAAUUUUGUUCCGACGAACUUAACCAAACUAAGUUUUGGAAGCAGAAUACAAUACGCAGCUACUGCUAUAUUGUCAUUUGGCACGAGCCUUCAUGGCAGAUUUCUAUGUGAUAAAAGCUUCUGACGGUGUUAUUCUGUUGACUGAACGUUUCUGACAUUUGAUAUCCCUUUGAAGAAUGAAAGGUUUCUUUUCCACUCGCAAAUAAGGCGAAUUGAAACUCCAUUUUAUCUCGUCAUAUGCUUGUGCUGCCCAGCUGUUGCACUUUAGCAGUGGCAUUGCUUUAUACAAAAGCCUUGAGGAAGGGAAUGACAGCACCAGUCAGGAGAAUGUGCGAGAAAAGAUCUCAACCUGUCGUGCACAAUAAUCUUGAUGGUGACAGAGCUGUGGAUGAUACACUUUUUAAGGUGAAAUUUUCUAAGGAUGAGUGGUAUUUUGGCGGUUCCCACUUUCAUGCAUGGCUGAUAAUUUUUUUUUAACUCCACUGGUGAUGGAUGUGGAGUUUCAGGGGUUUGACCUUUGUUUUCCAAUUGUGAUUUUAUGGUUUGCCAUUGUGAACAAUUAUUUUAACAAUAUAGUGUCUGGAUUCAGUGUCAAAGUGAGAACACAGAAGGAGCAUUUUUACAAAUAAAGUUGUUUCUGAUGUGUGAUUGCUUGUAUGAUAGCCUCUGACUUCAAGCGCUGUCUGAUAUCAGUCAUUGAAGUAUGUGAAGGAACUCCCGCACUGUUUCGCACACCACAGUGCUCACAGGAAUUCACCAGUGUUUAGAAAAUAGCCUCAUUAUUCCACUUAUUACAUCCUCUCUCUGGAAGUUUUUAAGCAUUCUCCAUAGAGUUGUUGGAUGCACAUGCACUGGUAUGUUUUGGCAUUGAAGAUUGACUCUGUUCAGUAUCACAUUGAUUUGAAUGGUUGUAUUGGAGGAUAUUUUUUAAAAUAUCUGUUGUUUCCCUCUUUCCUCCUCCAGUUUAUUUUACAGUCCAAGAAAUUACAAUUGUUCUCGAAUAUAUGUACCUGAUAUGUUUAAAUUAAUUCCCUGUAUAAAAUGCUCCAAUUCUGUUUCUAAAACCCACUAUUUUGCUGUAAUUUCAUUGAUACAAGUAAAUUGUCCAAAACAUGAAAUGAUUAAAAUCGGUAUCAAUGGUUGGU